AAAGAAGUUUGCUGACUAAGAUGGCGACAGAGGCGCAGAGUGAAGGGGAGGUGCCAGCCAGGGAUUCCCGCCGGAGUGAUGCUAUCUGUAAUUUUGUUAUCUGCAAUGAUUCUUCCCUUCGAGGGCAGCCCAUUAUCUUCAAUCCUGAUUUUUUUGUGGAGAAACUCCGACAUGAGAAACCUGAGGUGUUCACCGAGUUGGUGGUCAGCAAUAUCACGAGGCUCAUCGACUUACCUGGAACUGAGUUGGCUCAGCUGAUGGGGGAAGUGGACCUUAAGUUGCCUGGUGGGGCCAGCCCAGCACCGGGAUUCUUCCGGUCUCUGAUGUCUCUCAAGCGGAAGGAAAAAGGAGUGGUAUUUGGAUCCCCAUUGACGGAAGAAGGCAUUGCCCAGAUAUACCAACUGAUUGAGUAUCUACACAAAAACUUGAGAGUAGAGGGUUUGUUUAGAGUACCAGGGAAUAGUGUCCGACAGCAGAUUUUAAGAGAUGCUCUCAAUAAUGGAACUGAUAUUGACUUGGAAUCAGGGGAGUUUCAUUCAAAUGAUGUUGCUACCUUGCUGAAGAUGUUUCUAGGAGAGUUACCUGAGCCGCUGCUGACUCAUAAACAUUUCCAUGCACACCUCAAAAUUGCUGAUUUGAUGCAGUUUGAUGAUAAAGGAAACAAGACCAAUGUGCCAGAUAAGGAGCGGCAAAUUGAGGCUCUCCAGUUGCUCUUCCUCAUUCUCCCUCCACCUAAUCGUAACUUGCUGAAGUUAUUGCUUGAUCUCCUGUACCAGACAGCAAAGAAACAAGACAAGAAUAAGAUGUCUGCUUAUAACCUUGCCCUUAUGUUUGCACCCCAUGUCCUGUGGCCGAAAAAUGCCACUGCAAAUGACCUUCAAGAGAAUAUCACAAAGUUGAACAAUGGGAUGGCUUUUAUGAUUAAACAUUCCCAGAAACUUUUUAAGGCUCCUGUUUAUAUUCGGGAAUGUGCUAGAUUGCACUAUUUGGGCUCCAGAUCUCAAGCAUCAAAGGAUGAUCUUGAUCUGAUAGCUUCAUGUCAUACUAAGUCCUUCCAGCUGGCAAAAUCUCAGAAACGGAACUGGGUUGAUUCCUGCUCUCAUCAGGAGGAGACCCAGCAGCGUACAGAAGAGGCAUUGAGAGAGCUGUUCCAACACGUUCACAAUAUGCCAGAGUCAGCGAAGAAGAAACAGCUUAUUAGACAGUUUAAUAAGCAGUCGGUGACUCAGACACCAGGGCGAGAAUCUUCUACUCCUCAGGUACAGAAGAGAGCCCGUUCACGUUCCUUCAGUGGCCUUAUCAAGCGGAAGGUCCUGGGAAAUCAGAUGAUGUCAGAAAAGAAAAACAAGUACCCUACUCCGGAAUCUAUAGCCAUGGGUGAACUGAAGAGAGCCAGCAAAGAAAAUAUGAACUUAUUAUUUCCUGGUUCUCCAGCUGUCACAUUGAUGCCAACAAGAUUGAAGUGGUCUGAGGGGAAGAAAGAGGGGAAAAAAGGAUAA